ACUUUGCAGGGAGAGUCUCACCGGAAAUCCUCUUUUAACUUUUUAAGGGUGUGUUCCGAAAUGUACUGACAUUACUGUAAAAGUAAUUACUAACUCUCAUAGAUGCGUAUGGACAGGAUAAUAAGGACACAGCAUUGGUUACAGUAGUGUCAGUACUGUCGGUACAUUUCAGAACACACUUUGCUACAGGGUACCACAACUAAGAUGGCUGAAAAUAGUCAGCUAUCUCAGGUGGUUAACACUUUGUGAAAUUGAAUUCUCCAACAAGUAUUAAAGCCAUUAAAAGGGGUCCGUAAAUCAGACGUUUCUUGUAAAUUUCGCUGCGAAAAUGCUAACUGCAGCAACAAAUACUCUAGCAAAUAACGGAGGCUCCUACAGUAAUGAUAGGCCAUCGAGUGCAGGUGAGCCAGAAUCGGCUACAGAUCUUGCAUCAGGAGGAUUCUUUCAUGCUGAUUAUAAAAAGCAUGAAGACCUCAAACAAAUGUUGGACAGUAAUAAGGACAAUCUUAAACUUGAAGCUAUGAAACGAAUUAUUGGGAUGGUAGCAAAGGGGAGAGAUGCGUCUGACUUAUUCCCAGCUGUGGUAAAAAAUGUUGUUUCAAAAAAUAUUGAAGUUAAGAAACUGGUAUAUGUUUACUUGGUUCGCUAUGCUGAGGAUCAACAAGACCUGGCCCUCUUAUCAAUUUCUACCUUUCAAAGAGCUCUUAAAGAUCCAAACCAGUUAAUAAGAGCUAGUGCUCUAAGGGUACUCUCGAGCAUACGAGUUUCCAUGAUUGUUCCAAUAGUAAUGCUUGCGAUUAAAGAUUCUGCAAGUGAUAUGUCACCUUAUGUUCGAAAGACUGCAGCUCAUGCUAUUCCUAAACUGUACUCCUUAGAUCCUGAGCAGAAGGAGGAAUUAAUAAAUGUCUUAGAGAAACUCUUAUCAGAUAAAACUACGCUGGUAGUUGGCUCAGCAGUUAUGGCCUUUGAAGAAGUUUGUCCAGAGAGAAUAGAUCUCAUUCAUAAAAAUUACAGAAAAUUAUGUAACUUAUUGGUGGAUGUAGAUGAGUGGGGACAAGUAGUCAUUGUGAACAUGUUAACACGAUACGCACGAACGCAAUUCGCCAACCCCAAUACUAAUGAAGUUGAAGAAGAUGAGAACCGACCAUUUUACGAUUCGGACUCAGAGUCGUCAAACACGAAAAAACCAAAGUUCACCCUAGAUCUGGAUCAUCGUCUGCUAUUGCGAAAUACGAAACCACUUUUGCAAAGUAGGAAUGCAUCUGUCGUAAUGGCCGUAGCGCAGUUGUACCACCAUACUGCACCGAGAAGUGAAGUCAUGAUCGCCGCCAAGGCACUAAUAAGAUUAUUACGCGGACACAGAGAAGUGCAAAGUAUUGUACUUCACUGCAUCGCCAGUAUAUCAAUUGCAAGAAAGGGCAUGUUCGAGCCAUUCCUUAAAUCUUUCUUCGUCAGAACUUCAGAUCCGACGCAUGUAAAGCUAUUGAAACUAGACAUUCUGACCAAUCUUGCGACCGCUACCAGUAUUGGUGUGAUCUUGAGAGAAUUUCAGACGUACAUCUCAAGCAGCGACAAGGAAUUCGUCGGCGCUAGUAUUCAAGCGAUUGGGAGGUGCGCGAGCAACAUAAAGGAAGUCACCGAUACUUGCCUCAAUGGACUUGUAUCUCUUUUAAGUAACAGAGACGAGGCCGUCGUGGCCGAAAGUGUCGUCGUUAUCAAAAAGCUUCUGCAAACUCAGCCAAACGAACAUAAGGACAUAAUUGCACAUAUGGCGAAACUAAUGGAUUUCAUAACGGUGCCACAAGCAAGAGCAUCUAUUUUAUGGCUGUUGGGAGAAUACUCGGAUCGCGUGCCAAAAAUAGCGCCAGACGUUUUAAGAAAAAUGGCAAAGAGUUUCAUAAACGAACAGGACAUUGUCAAGCUACAGAUAUUGAAUUUAGCUGUGAAAUUGUGUCUGACAAAUCCUACUCAAACAAAACUGCUGUGCCAGUAUGUUUUUCAGCUGGCGAAGUACGAUCAGAAUUACGAUAUCCGGGAUAGGGCUCGGUUUUUGAGACACUUCAUCUUCGAGACCGAGGCUGCUUCCGAGAAGAAACUCAUGCAAUUUGCUAAAAAAAUAUUCCUCUCACCGAAACCGGCACCAACCCUAACAUCUAGAUUUAAGAAUUCACAAUUUCAGUUGGGAACGCUAUCCCACUACCUGGAUAUGCCAUGCGUUGGACAUCGUCCCUUACCACAGUUUCCUGAGGUUGUUCCUGACCCUUCAGUGCGCGACGUAGCAGAACCAAUGAGUGCUCAUGAAAUUAAGGAUGACCGACACACUAGAAAGGAAAGGAGGAAGGACAAGAAGUCCAAGGAAGAUGAGGCGAGAUUCUUAUUCACAGCAGAUGAAAGUAGCCCCUCCGAACUUUCAGAAUCUGAAAGUGAAAAUGACAGUUCAGCAUCUUCGUCGACUGAAUCUUCUGACGGUGACUCCUCCGAAUCCGCAUCGGAAUCUGAGAAAUCCGAUAGCGAGGAGCAUCAAAAGAAUGUCGUUAAGAAGUCUGAGGAUUCUGAGAGUGAGUCCGACACUGAUGAUUCAGAGAGUGAGGAUGAUGACUCGGAUUCACAAGAUAGUGAUAACGAGAGCAAACGAGAUGAAAAGGCAAAUGUUGGAAAAGGGGAGAUGAAAGAAAAGCCAAAGAGUAAUCUUGAUUUACUGCUGGAUUUAGACGAUGUAACACCAAUGACACCUAUAAUGACGCCAAGCCUCGGCGGUUUUCUUACUCCAAUAAAUUCAACUCUCUCGAAUGGAGUCAGUGAAGUUUCAACUUCUUUUAUACCGACAAAGAAAUGUGAAUUGUUGAAUAAAAUCAGUGGCAAAGGAUUGAGGGUUGAGUAUAGAUUCACGAGAUCGCAACACUUGGUUAGCUCACAUAUGGUUAACAUAGAAUUAACAUUUACAAACGAAGGAUCUGAGACGAUACACGACAUUCAGAUUGGAAAGAAGAAUUUACCUUCGGGAAUGUGUCUUCAUGAUUUUAUGCCGAUACCUACGCUGCAACCAAGCGCAACGUUAUCUUCAACAUUAGGUGUCAAUUUCAAUGAUUCCACGCAACCAGCGCCUUUCGAUAUCGAUUUUACAAAAUCAGAGGAGAAACAUUCGUGCUCCGUCAGCAUAAAGGUGCCAAUUGGUGAAAUAAUUAGAUCGGUAAUGCUGCCAGAGAGUAUGUUUCUCUCGGAAAAAGAGAAGCUUAAAGGCAUGAAUGAGCAUUCAACGAAGUUGACAUGCUUGGGGAAUCGUAAACAAUUAUCUCAAAAAGUUUUCGAAGCUGCAAACCUUGCUGUCAUAUCAAGUCAAGACGAUGUAAUAAGGUUUGCUGCGCAUACGCUGGCUUCGAAGUCACUCGUGUUAGUGACAAUGAAAAUAUCGGAAAAUGAUCAGCUCGAACUGUGUGUCAACUGCGAAAAAAUGGUUAUAGCAUCCAUGCUCUUAAACGAGCUUAAAAGUAAUCUCAAGUAAUUCCAAGGGACACACCAAUUCCUCUAACUAUAUUAUUGUUAUUAUCGUUGUUAUUAUUACUCAUUAUACUAUCACAAGAUAUUACUGGUAAACAUUUAGUUAUUUACAUCGCUCAGUGCUUUUCAAGAAAAAUGUACGUUCUCUAUUGUAUUUCAUUACAAAUAUAUUAUACGCGCUACCAAGUGUAUAUCGCUACUAUACAUAUAUAUAAAUAUAUAUAUAUAUCUUUAUUUCUAAUAAAUCAUACAUCCAUUUAUAUGAACGUUA